AUGACGGCCGCAGCUGACCAGUCCGAGGCCCUGGCCGCGGCCGAUGCGACUGUCCUUUCCCUACGCAAGUCUCUUUGCGACGAGACGACCCCCCUUCCCAUACGCUUCCGAGCCCUCUUCUCCCUUAAGCAUCUGGCCAAGCAGGCCACGGAAGGUACUGGUGACCGCGGUAUCGACCUGCCUGCUGCCAAGGCUGCCAUCGACGCCAUCGCCGCUGGAUUCACGUCUCCCUCGGCACUUCUCAAACACGAGCUCGCCUACUGUCUUGGCCAAACGGGCAAUGCUACCGCUGCCGCGCCGCCCUUGCGCGAUGUCCUUGCCGACGUGAACGAAGACGCCAUGUGCCGCCAUGAGGCCGCCGAGGCCCUUGGUGCCCUUGGCAACGCCGCCGACCUUGAGCUGCUCCGGCAGUACCGCGAUCGUGAGGGCGAAGAGGUUGUCGUGCGCGAGACCUGCGAGAUUGCCAUCGACCGCAUCGAGUGGGCCAACUCGACCCAGCGCGCCCAGGAGCACCUGCGCCCGAGUGACUUUGCGUCUGUCGACCCGGCGCCGCCGAUGGCGCAGAACGCCGCCGACAAAGAGGCCGCCGCACAGACCGUCGAGGUCCUGGAGAAGGACCUGAUGGACAUCACGCUGCCGCUGUUCCGCCGCUACCGCGCCAUGUUCACCCUGCGCGACCUGGCUUCACCGCCCGACCUGCCGACGGCCGUGCCGGCUGUCCAGGCCCUGGCCAAGGGCUUCGCAGACACCUCGGCGCUCUUCCGCCACGAAAUCGCCUUUGUGUUCGGCCAGCUGUCGCACCCGGCGUCGAUCCCUGCCCUGACCGCCGCGCUGAGCAAUGUCAACGAGGCCAGCAUGGUGCGCCACGAGGCGGCCGAGGCACUAGGCAGUCUGGGCGACGAGGAGGGCGUCGAAGAUACUCUGAAGCUGUUCUUGCACGACAAGGAGAAGGUCGUGCGCGAGAGCGUCAUUGUGGCCCUAGAUAUGGCCGAGUUUGAGCAAGGCGGCGAGGCCGAGUACGCGCUGAUCCCCGAGGCCGCGCCGGCCGCGGCGACUGCUGCGUAA